AUGUCUUCUUGUAAGGUCUCAAAUAUGGUGAUUUUUCUCACAUUGCCAUUGGUCAUGAUGGCUAGCAUACCUGCUUCAGCUAAAACAUUCUAUGAAGACUUUGAGCAAACAUAUGGCGAUCAGCGUCUUCAAUUACUCGAUAACGGGCAACACUUCACACUCACACAGGACAAGGAUUCUGGGGCGGGAUUCAAAUCCAAGAAUGAAUACUUAUUUGGACGCUUUGACAUGGAUAUGAAGCUGGCGCCUGGGAACUCAGCUGGUACUGUCACCACAUUUUAUGUAAUUACUCUCACUCCCGAACACGAUGAGAUAGACAUAGAGUUUUUGGGCAACGCUUCUGGGAAUCCGUACACUCUCCAUACCAACGUGUACAGUAAGGGUAAAGGAAAUAAAGAAGAACAGUUUCAUCUUUGGUUUGAUCCCACUCAAGAAUUUCACAACUAUACAAUUAUCUGGAACCCCACGCGUAUCAUAUGGUUGGUGGAUAACUCUCCCAUUAGGAUUUUCAAGAACUUCGAAUCAGAGCUUGGUGUUCCAUAUCCUCAUAGCAAACCCAUGAGGGUUUACUGCAGCUUCUGGAAUGCCGAUGACUGGGCUACACAAGGCGGAAAAGUAAAGGCCGACUGGUCUCAAGGUUCAAAAACAGUCUCUUACAAAAACCACAACAUCAAUGCUUGUAUGUCAUGGCAGCAGGAUUGUGCUACUUCGAACAAAGACCCCAAGUCAUGGCAGAAUUAUGAUCUUGGUGAGGCAGGUCAUGAUAGGCUUCGAUGGGUACGAGAGAAGAUUAGGGUUAGCAACUACUGUGCUGACAAAGGUAGAUUUCCCGAAGGUCUCCCACGAGAGUGUAUGCCUUCUGAGUUUGAGAACCCCGCAGAUCCCCCCGCCGGUGCCGUCCCUGCGAACCCUCCCGGUGCUAACCCUUCCAAAAAUUCCUUAAAAUCCUCCACUGCCAAAGCUAACCCCUCACAUCCCCGCAGACCACGUCAACCUGUAAAUCCCGCCAUUCCCAAACCGGCAAAACCCGCCGUUCCCAACCCGGCCAAACCCGCCAUUCCCAACCCCGCGAAUCCCGCCAAUAUUCCCAACCCGGCCAAUCCCGCCGGUCCCAACCCUGCGAAUCCCGCCAUUCCCAACCCGGCAAAUCCCGCCAUUCCCAACCCUCUGAAUCCCGCCAUACCCAACCCUACAAAUCCCCCCAUUCCCAACCCUGCAAAUCCCACCGGUCCCACUUCAAAUCCAACUAUUCCCCAACCUAUAAAUAUCGGCAUAAAUAUCGACCCUAGAAAUCCCAAGAGAAACCAUUACUAG